CCUCUAAACUAUUUGCUGGAAUAAGUAUCAUUGCAGGUGGCGAUUUCUAUCAACUUCCACCAAUAAGGAGAAAACCAGUAUUUGAAAAUUUCCACAAUGAAACAUUUAACCUGUGUCAUCCAUGGCAUCUUUUUAGAAUGACAGAGCUUAUUGAUAACAUGCGCUCRAAAGAUGACCAACCAUUUGUUGAAAUGCUAAACAGAUUUCGUACAGCUAACCAAACUGAAGAAGACAUYAAGCAGAUACAAUCAAGAUCAAUAGACCCAGAGGAUGAAAAUUAUCCAWCAGAUGCCAUACAUAUUUAUGCYGAAAAUAGACCUGUUGAUGAGCACAACAAUAAAAAAUUAGCUGAAUUACCUGGAACAAUGUUUAAUCUUAGAGCAACAGAUCAGUAUCCACCACAUGUCUCUCAAACAGACAUUGAUAAAGUAUUAUYGAGAGGUCGUUCUGAGACUGGUGGACUAGAUUAUGAUAUACAUGUCAAAGAAGGUGCAAGAGUUAUGCUAACAAGCAAUAUCGAUAUUGCAGACAGACUCAUAAAUGGCCAAAUAGGUACUAUCAUUAAGAUCCAAGUUAAUCAAAACACACAAAAAUCAAAUGUCAUUUAUAUUAAAUUUGAUGAUGAUCAUGCUGGCAAAAAUGUGAUUGCUAAAAUCUACAAACCAAUUUGUUAAAGAAAACAAUGUUGUUCCCAUGGAGCCAAUUCUAGCUAAAAUCAAAAUAAAGCCUGGAAAACCAUCUUCACCAGAAAUUCAAAGGCUCCAAUUUCCAGUCACAUUAGCAUAUGCAGUUACUAUACAUAAAAUUCAGGGCCUCA